GCAGGGCGCUGAUUCGGUGAUAGGUGCCAGCAGGGUGCCGCCGCCGCCGCCGCCGCCGCCGGUGGUUGUAUCUUCGGUCCCUGCUCCCGGGAACCUCUCCCGGCCCUCGACCUCCCGCCCCGCGCGAGCAGCCGCAGAGAGGGGCGGCAGGAUGAACGUGGGCACUGCGCACAGCGAGGUGAACCCCAACACACGGGUGAUGAACAGCCGCGGCAUCUGGUUGUCCUACGUGCUGGCCAUCGGGCUCCUCCACGUCGUGCUGCUCAGCAUCCCCUUCGUGAGCGUCCCUGUCGUCUGGACCCUCACCAACCUCAUCCACAACAUGGGCAUGUACAUCUUCCUGCACACAGUAAAAGGGACACCCUUUGAGACCCCGGACCAGGGCAAGGCGAGGUUGCUGACCCACUGGGAGCAGAUGGACUACGGGGUCCAGUUCACGGCCUCUCGGAAGUUCUUAACCAUCACACCCAUUGUGCUGUACUUCCUCACCAGCUUCUACACCAAGUACGACCAGAUCCACUUCGUCCUCAAUACGGUGUCCUUGAUGAGCGUGCUCAUCCCCAAGCUGCCCCAGCUGCACGGAGUCCGAAUUUUUGGCAUCAAUAAGUACUGAGAGGGCACAGGAGGGCAGAUGCUCUCACUGCAAUGCUGAACACGGAGCUUGGAGCUCAGGAUGCUGUGAAGCCAGAACAUCCCCGGGCCUAGUUUCCCCUGGCUUCCCCAGUAGCGAUUUGGAGUAGUUUGUAGUGGGGUUGGUGUGGGCCCUCAGGCUCUAACCCUUUCUGAAUUUUUUGAUCUUUCCUUUUGGCUUUUGAGUAGAGACUCCAUGGGGUGGUCAGGGAAGGGGCUGGGCUCUGGGUGACCUCGGACCUGCGAGGUUGGGACAGGAGGCCGGGCUGGGGACCCCGGUCACUUAUUUACCCAAAGCACUUUACCCCUGCACAGGGAGCCGGGGACGGUACGGUUCUGGAUCGUGUCCCCGUAGGUCUCAGCCUUAGGGUAGUGCUCAGUGUUCUUGUUCAGAUCUCGGGAAGUGCGUGACACUGCCCAACUCCAUGGCACAGACAGCUGUCUAACACGGGCCUCAGGAUUCGGCAGCUCCCCUCAGCCUGGCCCGGUGUGGUGGGCAGGGCACAGGGCUGGCAUGCAGGGUUGGAGCCACACCGUCCGGUCCUGGUGGAGGCUGGGAGAGGGAGUGGGGCGAGCUGGGGUAGCCAGUUGGGUCUUUGAGGUAGGGGCUGCGUGGAUGGGUGUAAAGGGGUUGGGGGGAGCUGGACCCCGUGUCCUCUGGGGUGUGGUUCGGGCCAUGGGCUUGGGUGGUCAUUUCACCUACGGCAUGGAGGUUUUUGGUUUUUUUAUUUUUUUGGUACUGGGGAUCGAACUCCGGUCCUUAGCUUGCGAGGCAGGUGGUGGAACCACUGAGCUAAAUCCCCGGCCCUACCUACGGCAUGGAGAUGGCAGUGGGAAGGCGGGGCAGCUGCAGGGCUGAGGUUCUUGGGUUGGUGGGAGGGGUGGCCCGCUGGCCGCCCUGGUGCAGGUCUGGUCGGACACCGCCCUCUGCAGUGGUGAGGGGCGUGGGGGUGGGAAGCUGCCACAGAAAUGAUGGGUGGUGGGUGCCUGCCCAGCCCUGCACCCUGCAAUCUCCUCCUAUGGGCAGGCUCUGGGGCCUGGCUUCUGCAGGGCACACACAUGUGGGCCAGGAAGCCACCCCACACAGCUGGGCUGCUGGACCCCUGCCCAGGUAGGGCAGUGGGGGAAGCAUGGAGUGGCCGCAGGUGCUGCCCCCUCAUCCCAAGCCCGGGCUGGGCUGAGCUGCCUGCCUCUCCCCCGCAGCUUGGGGCGCUGUGCUUUAGAGCAGGGCCUGAGCGAGGAGGGUGCCCCCUUCCCCAGCUUUGCCUCCUGGCGCCCCCCCAUGUAGCAUAGGGAACUUUCACCUUCACAUCUUUCUAAGCGAAGCGUGAAUAGGAUUUUUACUCCCUUUGUACAGUAUUCUGAGAAACGCAAAUAAAGGGCGAUCCGUUCCUGCUU